AGAGUUUGUCAUUGUUUUGAAAUGUAGUUGUCUUUUGUGUUUUUACGCUUCGUUAAUUUUCUAAAUUUGUUUAUGAUUCAUUGUCCAUUCUUUUUAAUGAUAUUGCGUAAAGCAUUCUCACUCGAAAAUGGGCGGUUGUUGUGAUGGACAGCUGGGAUGCUGUUGUGGGUGUCGGCCAUGUCGCUUGUGCUGUGGCUUCUUGCCAGCCAUCAAGGAAUCAACAUCAUCUCGUCUAAUGUAUACAUUUUUCUUACUUCUGGGAACUCUACUAAUGUGUAUCAUGUUGACACAGGAAGUCCAAGAUCGUAUCAUUGAAAUAUUUCCACAGUAUAAUAUCACCUGUAUAACACUUAAAGCUGGAGAAAACUGUGAUUUACUUGUGGGAUACAUGGCUGUUUAUCGAGUUUCUUUUGCUAUGGCAGCAUUCUUCUUCAUCAUGGCUUUCUUAACGAUUGGAAUUUCAACAAGUAGGAACUGGAGGUCGGGCUUACACAAUGGCAUGUGGGGUUUAAAGUUGCUUGCUCUGUGUCUUAUCUGUGCUGGAAUGUUCCUGAUACCAUCAGACUAUGUAACUAGUUUUGGCCAUAUUUGGAUGUCUGUUGCGAUGGGUGGAGCAUCUAUAUUUAUUAUCAUUCAGUUAAUGUUGAUUGUUGACUUUGCACAUGCAUGGACUGAUAACUGGUUACGUAGAGUAUCAGAUGGUGGAAGCAGAUGCUGGUUUGUUGCAAUGGUGUUUUGUUCUAUGGUUAUAUACACUGCAGUCAUCAUUGGAAUUGUAAUGAUAGCUCAGAACUACACAAGAGCUGAAGGGUGCACAACUAAUAAAAUAUUCAUUGGAAUAAAUGGAUGCCUAUGCCUUUUAUGUUCUUUCAUAUCAGUUAUGCCAUGUGUUGAAAAAAACACAGGAGAUUCUAGAGCUGGGUUGCUACAAUCAGCUAUCAUAUCAGCAUAUGUUGUUUAUCUCACCUGGUCUGCUUUGUCGAGUGAGCCGAACCCAUCUGGAACAGGUGUUGGGACUCAAAGUGAAAAACGUGUGGAGGAAGGUGAAUUUUGUGGUCCAUCUGAUGUUUCAAUUUUGUCAAACAAGGAAAUCAUUUGUUAUGGAGGAGUUGUCAUUACAUUUUUAAUGGUUAUAAGUUCAACAUUACGCACAUCCCAUUUUUCAUAUAAGUUGGGAAUUAGAGCUCCUGAUCCUCAGGAUUGCUGUACUUGCUGUGAUAAACAUUCUACAAAUAAAGAAUCUAGUCGUGUAGAUAGCGGAAGAGGUCAAAAGGUGUUACGGAAUGAAGCCGAAAGGGUUGUGUACAGUUAUGCAUUUUUCCAUGUGAUGUUUUUAUUAGCUUCAUUGUACAUAAUGAUGCAGUUAACCCAUUGGUUUAAACCUGAAAAAGCAAACUUAAUGAAUUUUGAGCGAAAUUGGGCUUCUGUUUGGGUGAAGAUUGCAUCUUCUUGGACAUGUAUUGCCAUCUACCUACUUACUCUUUUUACACCAGAAUUAUGUCCGGGACGCUUGAAUCGAAGCAGGUCGGGAAGGAAUAAAGAUUUAGAAAUGGGAAGAGUCAGACAUGAUUCAUCUUCAAGUGGAUAAUACAUAAACAUCGAAUAUCUAUGACACAAGAGAAAUUUAUAUAUAACAUUAGCAUUGACUUUUUAUAUAUAUAUAUCAAGACAUAUGCCAUAGAGUAUUCUAAGGCAAGAUCAUGUUUUAAGCAAAUUUUAUAUGAUUGAACAUCUGAAAGCAAGUAUACAUGCUGUGGUGUUAAUUUCAUGCAAUUUUUUAAUCUAAAAUCAUUUUGCACGAGAUGCCAAGGAAAGGCUGCUUUUUUAUAUAUGUCAGCAAGAUACAUAUUCUAGAAACCAUGUUAUAUGAAUCAGGGUAUUAGUAUCAUUGAGAGGAUUUUAAUUUGUACAGUUAUUUUUAUUAUAAGAUUUAAAUCUGGAGGGAGUGGGUAUCUGAUACCUACCUCCACAAAAACCAUUUUAUAAUCAUUACUUUCUUUUUUCUAAACUUGGAAGACUUUCUUCAGUUUUGUUCCUGAUUAAUUUUCAUAUAAUGAACUCAUGGUUUGCAAGUAAUCCUCUUAUAUUGUUAACACCAUGCCAAAAGCAUAAAUUUGUGCUUUUUACUGUUUUCAGAUAUCUAAUUUUUUAGGUUGUUUUUUAAUGUUUUUCUCCGUGCCAAAAAAUAUGGAUAUGUAUUUCUAAAUGAAAUUGAGAGAAUUUUGUAAAAACCAUAAUGUAACUACUUCAAAUAUUUGAUUUAUGAACUUUUAAAUUGAAAUAGUAAAUUCACAGAUUGAGGUUUUUGGAAUGGUGACGGCAAUAUUUUAGAAUACAUAUGUGUGUGUGUGU